AUGGCUAACGAAUGGUUUCGCACCAGUUCUGGCCUGCGCAAGAAGGUCAAGGUCUUCCAGCAAGAGAACUAUUCCGAGGCGUUCGUUGCCAGCAUCCUGCUCUCAAUUCCCGAAGGUGUUGAAGGGUCCACCCUUGUCAUCGGUGGUGACGGACGCUACUGGAACCCCGAGGUCACACAGCUGAUUGCCAAGAUUGGCGCUGGAUACGGCGUCAAGAAGCUCAUCAUCGGCCAAGAUGGCAUCUUAAGCACACCAGCUGCUAGCAAUGUCAUCAGGAUACGGAAAGCGACCGGUGGUAUCUUGUUGACUGCCAGCCACAACCCCGGUGGCCCUGACGAGGAUUUUGGUAUCAAAUACAACCUUACCAACGGUGCUCCCGCUCCGGAAAGCGUCACCAACAAGAUCUACGAGACCUCCAAGAACCUCACUUCGUACAAGAUCGCCGACAUCCCUGAUGUCGACCUGAGCAAGCUCGGCUCUGAGAAGUACGGACCGCUAGAGGUCGAGAUCAUCCACUCCACCAAGGAUUAUCUUGAGAUGCUCAAGAACAUCUUCGACUUUGAUCUUAUCAAGAAGUUCCUUAAGGAUCACUCCGAUUUCAAGCUUCUCUUCGACGGCUUGAGCGGUGUCACCGGCUCAUACGGUGUCGACAUCUUCGAGAAGGAGCUCGGCAUCCCAAACAGCACUCAAAACUGUAUUCCGAAGCCAGACUUCGGUGGCCACCACCCAGAUCCCAACCUCGUCUACGCUAAGUCUCUUGUCGACGCGGUGGAGAAGAACAGCAUUCACUUCGGUGCUGCCAGUGAUGGUGACGGUGACCGCAACAUGAUCUACGGUGCCGGUGCUUUCGUGUCUCCGGGAGACAGCUUGGCCAUCAUCGCCCACCAUGCGGAACUCAUCCCAUGGUUCAAGAAGCAGGGAAUCUACGGCCUUGCGCGAAGCAUGCCCACUUCAGGUGCGAUCGACCUGGUAGCAAAGAAGAAGGGUGUGCAGAGUUACGAAGUGCCCACUGGCUGGAAGUUUUUCUGCGGACUUUUUGACUCUGACAAGAUGAACAUCUGCGGUGAGGAGAGCUUCGGAACCGGCAGCAACCACAUCCGUGAGAAGGAUGGUCUGUGGGCCGUCGUGGCAUGGCUCAACAUCAUCGCCGGUAUCGGCGAGCAGACGGGGUCAACGCCAAGCAUUGGAUCCAUCCAGAAAGACUUCUGGAAGACGUAUGGUCGCACAUUUUUCACUCGCUACGAUUACGAAGGCGUCGACAGCGAGGGUGCCAACAAGGUGGUCGCUCACAUGAAGGAGCUCAUCACCACCAAGAAGGACGAAUUCGUCGGCUCGUCCAUCUCCGGUCGCAAGGUCGUGGAGGCCGACGACUUCUCUUACACAGACCUCGACGGCAGCGUCAGCAAGAACCAGGGCAUCUUCGUCAAGUUCGAUGACGGCAGCCGCAUCGUUGUGCGCUUGUCAGGAACUGGCAGCAGCGGAGCCACCAUUCGUCUGUACAUCGAGAAGCACGACUCUGACGAGAAGACGUACGAUCUCGAUGCGCAGGACUACCUCAAGGACAAUGUCAAGCUCGCGACCGAUCUACUCAAGUUGCAGGAGUAUGUCGGCCGCACCGAGCCCGAUGUCAAGACGUAA